AUGACUGAACCUUCCAACCAAGGUGUGGGUGGCUCAGAAGUCCAGGAGCACCUGGAGGAAGGACAGAUGGAUGUUGAAUCUGGCUGCAUCGCAGACUUGGACACAGUACAUGGCGAUGUAGGAAUUGUGACUGCAGAAGGAACUUGUGGAGAAGGCUGGCAGGAUGCCUGUGCCCUGUGGGCAGAUGGUGAUAGCAAGACGAAGGGCACGGAUGUGCGCUGUGCACUGGAGCAGGCUGUGCUUGGGAAAAUGGCAGAGGUUGGCAAGCUGGUGUCUGAAACGCCCCCAGUGCAAUCUGAAGAGCUUGGAAAGCGCCUUCGACUGCUAAAGGAAUGCAUCGAUGUUGUCAAUGCACUCAAGGAUUUGGCUUUUUAG